AUGUUCGCAGAAGCUCUUCACUUCCAUGAACAGUUUUGCAGACGGAGUGAUCUUGAAGCCGCAAAACGGUCCAUUGAUGUCUAUGGCACCCUCCUGGCAAACGGUGCUCCGAGAGCAGCUGAAGCAUUUGGUCCGGUCUUGAAAGACUAUCACAUCCUCAUACAGCUGGCGAGCGUUCUUGAGAAUCGAUACCGCUACGCCAGAGACGACAAUGACAUCACUUCGGCCGUCAAAUACGCUAACGAAGCUUUGACCCUGUGUAGCGCGGGGAACGUGAUUUGCCCCACGGUGACCGUGCGCUACGCAGAGAUUUUAGCUUCCCAGUCUGGACGCACGCCGGAAGUCGAGGCUAGGCAAAUGGCUGAGGCUGCUUGUCGACAAGCAAUCGACUUGUGCCGCCCGGGACAUCCGUUGAGGACUGAAAUCUACGGGAUUCUUGGUUGGACUAUGCACAUGCGUUACCUGGAUACUGGCAACACAGAUUUUAUAGAACAAUCCCUACAGUUACUUCAAAUGGCUCUGCAAGAGAUUCUUCCAUGCCAAAUUCACGACAAACACAGAUACUUGCGAUACCUCAGCUACGCUUGGCUCCGAAGGUACCAGGCCUUCGGCGAGCUCGAUGAUCUGAACCGCUCUAUAUCAUCCUCCACGGACGUCUUGGAUCUAUGCCCAACCGCCGAUAUUGGGCGAGGUCCAGCGAUUUAUCAUGUCAUGAGGGUGCUGCGUUUCAGGGUUUAUCAUUCCGGGGAGCUCGAUGAUCUCAACCGAGCGAUCGAUAUUGGGUUACAAUCCGCAGACGUUCACGACUCGUCCAUGGACUACGUUCGACAGGAGUUAGGGACUCUCCUACAUCUCCGACAUCAACUUACACUAUCAGAUGGGAGUGACAUUCAACUGUCCGUCAAGUUUCACAGAGACUGUUCAGAGCGGUUCAUGCCCGGAUCCAUGCAUUAUUGGGUAACCCUCGGAAGUCUGGCUAUAGCGCUGCGUUCCCUCUUCUCCUGGAAUGGCGAACUGGGUUAUCUAGAGGAAGCUCUGGAUCUCAGUCGUCAAGCAGCAGGUAACAUACCUCAUGGCCACACCGAGUGGUGCGUUGCAGCUGGUUCUGUAGCAACAGCGCUGGCACUCCGCUAUGCGGAAGCUGGGGAUAGCGCUGAUCUCGUGGAAGCGCUGGAUUGGGAUCGUCGUGCGAUGGCAUCUAUUCCAGUGUCAAGCGAAAGCUAUAGCAGGGUGGCGUUGUCAACGAUAUCGCUUCUCUGCCUUCGUUACGAGACCUUCCAGAGUCCGGACGGGGAGGACCUAGAGAAGGCUGCAAUGCUGUCGCAGGAGCUGCUGAGUGCUUUGCCCGCAGGGAAUGCCAAUGAACCUGACGUAGUCCACCAUCUGGUGAAGUCACUUCUUCUACGCGGACAGCACAACAACGAUGUCUCGGACAUUCAACGUGUAAUCGACGAGCUGGAAGCGAGGAUGGACGUCUUUGCACCGCGGUGGAAUGGUGCGGAAUGUCUCCGCAUCCUGUCCGCCGGCCACAGGACCAAAUUUCGGUGGUCACUCGAGUCGGACCAUGCUGAUCGCGCGUUGGAGAUCAUAUUGAAAGCAUUAAGCCUCGUACGGCCUGGCCAACGCGAACGGUAUCAAUGUCUCAUCGAUGCCGCGACACUGUACAUCGAAAAGGGAACUCAAUAUCGAAAUCCAUCUCUCUCCUUGGAGUACGUUGCGAAUGCACUGUCUGACGAUCAUAGAGAUGUGCGGUCCAGGCUCCAGGGAGCGAUUCACGUCCUGAAUAUCUUUCAAGAGCAGCAUAACGAUCCGUUCCUGGCCGGCGAUCGGGUAUCUACCCAACUCCAAUGCUGCUAA